CAAGAGGAGAACAUCUCUACUGCAUCAUUUUCUUGAGUCCAUCAUGCCAUCGAGGAGGCUCCGAUGUACCUUCACCACUCUGGAACGACUCAUUUCAUUGGAACGGUAAUGUGUCACCUCAGAGGUCAGCCUUUAGAAUGAGUUUCACGUUCCCUAAAAGCGAAUCGACGACUUCCUUGCUGAGAUCCUCCGCGCAGAGCAGGAGAGCAGCUCCACAUCCCGACCACACCGGAGCCCGUCGGACUCAUCAUCAGCGUUCAGCGGCAGCUGCGGAGGCAUCUGGAGCAGAGACCGCUUUAGAGGAGUCGUACUGGACGGCGGAUUGCGAUGCGAGCUCUAGGAGACCCCUGUGUCACCCCUCACUGGUCGCUAACAGGAAUAGCCCGGAGAAGAGCCACCACCCACAACACUCCCACGGACACGCUCUUGCUACGGCUCACAGUCAGGAGGACCUGUCUGAGCUUCCAGAUGGAUGGGAGAGCCAGACAGCCAGACGACACCACCAUCGCCAUCAUCACCAUCAUCAUCAUCAUCAUCACAACCGUCACCGCCACCGGUCCACCCGAGAUGACCUGCCCCAGGAGCCCCGACCCAAACACUCUCACGCCGCUCGCAUGCCCAACAGAACUCAAUCUUUCUCCGAUUGCAGGGACGAAACGGUUCUCUUUUGUGAGUCACACCAACUGGACCGGGCUCGACCGGGUUCGUACACGAGCAGAGAGGCGGGUCCACCCUCCACCGCCUCGUCCUCACCGGUGCCCGCAUCCUCCAGCCGCACCUCCCGGAGAUCAGGGCGCUCCAGCGCAGCAUCCUGUGAAACAGACUUCAACCUGCGCCCGUACCUCAGCUCAGUGUUUGGACAGAAUCGAGAACUGAGACCAGAGGAGAUCGAUGAGUUGCGAGAAGCGUUUAAGGAGUUUGAUAAAGAUAAAGAUGGCUAUAUCGGCUGUAAGGACCUGGGUAACUGCAUGAGAACCAUGGGCUACAUGCCCACUGAGAUGGAACUAAUCGAACUGAGCCAACAAAUAAACAUGAAUUUAGGUGGCCAUGUGGAUUUUGAAGAUUUUGUAGGAUUGAUGGGACCUAAACUGCUUGCUGAGACAGCAGACAUGAUUGGCAUAAAAGAGCUCAGAAAUGCCUUUAAAGAGUUUGAUACAAAUGGAGAUGGGGAAAUAAGCACCGGAGAGCUGAGAGAAGCUAUGAGGAAGCUCCUGGGACAGCAGGUUGGUCAUCGAGACCUAGAGGACAUACUGAGAGACAUUGACCUAAAUGGAGAUGGCCGAGUAGACUUUGAAGAGUUUGUGCGUAUGGUUUCCCGUUGAAAGGAUGGUUUUCAUAUGGUGUCUCCAUAAAGUGAGAUGCUGUACUGCUUCCUGCUGGUCAAAGCUGACAGAAUAUUAGACUACUGCAAGAAAAGCCUUGCUGAGCCAGUGUUUUAGAGUUUAAAAAUUUACAACUGGACUUUUUGGGGGGGGGGGGGGUACUGAUGACCACUCAUGCACGUACAAAUAAGUAUACAUAUAGACUGUAGCCUAGUGUCUCUGCAAUUUCAACCAUGCGAGACCAAACAAUAUGUUUUUUUACAUGCACAUUUGAAUGAGGGUACCAAUGUUUAAUGAUGGCAAUAUUACAUUAUGUGUUGUCCCUGUGUGUCUCUGUGUGAUAAACUAGGUGAAGAAAAUUAUGUUGAGUGUUUUUAAAGCCACACUCUAUGUUUUUUUCUUUGUGUGUGUGUAUAGUUGGCACGUUAAUGCCAUGAACACAUUGACUUUGUGAUAAUAUGCUAUACACAACUUGAGUCAAGGUCAGCUACUCCACUGUGAGCCAAAAAUUCCUGUUUUGACUCUAUAUCUAUAACUUUUUUCUUUUUUUUUCACAGUGUUUGCCUUUAAAACAAAUAUAUACCACUGUGCAGCCCAUUUAGGUGCAGUGUAAGAAGAAAAAAACUAUAGUUCAGAAAAUACUGUUGCUGGAAUAAAUGUUUGACAUAUGGAUUUUAAGAGUCAUAACUGAGGAGUUUUUAAAUUUAGAAAUGAUAGUGAAAGCUUUGAUCAGAAUCACAAUUGUUUUUUUUUUAAUCCCCUUUUCUCCCCAAUUUGGAAUGCCCAAUUCCAAAUGCGCUCUAAGUUCUCGUGGUGGCACAGUGACUCGCCUCAAUCUGGGUGGCGGAGGACGAAUCUCAGUUGAGACAGUCAAUCCGCGCAUCUUAUCAUGUGGCUUGUUGAUCGCGUUACCGCGAAGACGUAGCGCGUGUGGAGGCUUCACGCUAUUCUCCACGGCAUCCACGCACAACUCACCAUGCGCCCCACCGUGAGCGAGAACCACAUUAUAGCGACCACGAUGUGGUUAACUCAUGUGACUCUACCCUCCCUAGCAACCAGGCCAAUUUGGUUGCUUAGGAGACCUGGCUGGAGUUACUCAGCACGCCCUGGAUUCGAACUCGUGACUCCAGGGGUGGUAGUCAGCGUCAAUACUUGCUGAACUACCCAGAAUCCCCCCAGAAUCACUAUUUUUAGUAGUCAUGACAUACUUAUCAGACAACUAAUUUCAGGAGCAGUCACAGUCCUAAUCUGCAUAGGCCUAUUUUCAUCAAGGCAAAGUAUUCUGAUAUAAUACAAAACUGACAAAAUAACCACAUGCUUGAGGAACAAAAGUGAAGAAGACUUAUUUAUUUGAUUUACUUUAUGCCUGUUUGUGUGACCAGACAUUUUGUAGAAUACUGUCUUAAACUGUAAUCUGAUCAGACUUCUUGCAUGCAAAAAAAAAAAAAAA